UUGCAGCCCCCGGAGAGCCCCCGCCUGGGGCGGCGCAACCCAGAGAGCAUGCGUGAGCUGCCCCCUCUCAGCCCCUCACUGUCCCGCAGGGGGGUGGCCACACCUCUGCCCGGGCCGUCGCCCAUCCUGAGGGUUCCGGAAGCUGGGAAGCUCUCGGUGCCGGAGAGCCCCAGGUUGCGCCGCAAAGCUGGCUCCCCUUCGGAAGAGCUUCAUAGCGGGGGCAGGCAUCGGCGAGCGCGGAGCCCUUCCCCGAGCCUCCAGCAGGGGGCGGACAGCGGAGGCAUCAGGAAGGCCAGCUACGGCAAUGCCCUCUCGCCCGCCUACAGCCUGGGCUCCCUGCCAGGGUCUUCUCCGCAGCCCAGCCCCCGCACGCACAGGAAGAUGUCAGGGGGCGCCGGAGAGCUGCGGCCCCCCCACCCUGGAAUGCGUGAACGCAAGAACAGCAUCACAGAGAUCAGCGACAACGAGGACGAGCUGCUGGAGUACCACCGCCGGCAGAGAGAGGAGCGGCUGAGAGAACAGGAGAUGGGGAGGCUGGAGAAGCAGCGUUUGGAGACGAUCCUGAACCUGUGUGCCGAGUACAACAAGGCUGACUCAGUGCCGGAGGGAGGAGGCGAGGGGGAGCCUGGCAGGGAAAGAGCCUUCCCUGGGGAGGGGGCCGGCAGGAGGCCCUCCCUGGACACACAGACUCGCAGGGGGGGGCAGAGGCAGCGGGAGAGCGAUGAGGAGAACCUCAAAGAGGAGUGCAGCAGCACAGAGAGCACACACCAGGAGGUGAGAACAGCGAGAGACACAGGCAUACAGGAGCAUGAGGAGUCCUCUCUAGGGGGCGCUGCAGUCCGGCAGGAGGUUUCCUAUCUGGAGGAAGAGCGUGUGCGGGUGCUGUCCCGCAUCGACGAGCUCAAGAGCAGAGUCACUGAGCUGGAGCAGCAGCUACAGGAGUCCAAGCAGGAGGCGGAGAUGGAGCGCGCUUUGCUCCAGGGAGAGAGGCAGGCUGAGCUGGAGCAGAUCCACACAGAGAAGGAGCUCAUCGUACAGCUGCAGCUGAAACUGAGCAAGCUGGAAAGCAGAAUACAGCGCGAGAAAGACCAGGAAAGGGCAAAUGUUGACGCUGAACGAGAAGCUCUAGAAAGGCUCCAGGACGCUUUCUCUGAGUUGAAGAACCAGCUUCAUAACUGCCCCGAGUCACUGAGGGAGCAGUUGCAGGACCAGCUCAAAAGGAAAGCAGAGACCCUGGAGUCUGAGACCAAGCUGUUCGAAGACCUCGAGUUCCAGCAGCUGGAGAAGGAGAGCCGUCUGGAGGAGGAGAGAGAGACCAUCAGCCAGCAGCUGCUGCAGGAGAAGGCAGAGUACCACAGCAACGUGGCCAAGAGGAAGGAGAAGGUGGCCGCUCUGGAGAGCCAGGCCAGUCAGCUGGGACUGCAGGCAGCCCAGGAGUGUGAGAGAUUGGCCAAGGACAGGAACUUGACUGUGCAGUUGCUGCACAAGGAGAAGGAGAGGCUGGCCAGUCUGGAGAAGAGAUACUUCAACCUGACCGGAGGCAGAAGCUUCCCCAAGAGCUCCUCCACCAUGAAAGAGGAAGUGCUUCAUAUCAACGAGCCGAAGGACCUGUUCGAGGAAGCCCACUCCCAGGACUCCCUCCGGGGGCACGCUGCCGCUUUGCCUGCUUCAUCCUCGCAAAUCUAUCCCAAGGUGCAAGAGGAGUACAUGAAGCUGUCUGACGUGUUUAAGAUCUACGGGGACAGUCACCGUGAUGCCCACCGCUCCACCACAGCUCAGCUCAGCCACUCGCUUGCCGUACCUCCAGCUGCACACGAGGAGUACGUGACUGUCAGCCAAUUAAACGAGAUCUUCGGGAGGUCAAAGGUUGAGUCUGCCCAAUCGUCUUCCUCCGCUCUCCCAGCGUUCCGCUCUGCUGCUGCUGCCUGCCCCUCCUCCUCCUCGCUCGCCCCUGACCCUCAGUCCCAGGCCACCUCUCUCUCUCUUUCAGCUGAGAGGGGUAGGCCUCAGAUCCCUGCUCUCGAUUUAGAGCAGUGGUACCAGGAGAUCAUGGCCUGUGGGGAGGAGUCUCCUCACACCCCCCCUCCUCCUCUGCCAGCCAAAUCUCUGUUGACUCGCAGGCCAGUCCAGAUGUAUCGCUCGAAGGUGGACAGCGAUUUCAGCUCCACGUUGCCGCGCAACAAGACUGGCUCCGCCCUUUCGCCGCAGUGCAACACCUCAACACUAGGGCGUGGCACCCCCACCAAGGGCCCCCUGCUGGUCUAUAACAACACAGGCAGCCUGCCUCGGAACCUGGCCGCUACAAUGCAGGACAUUGAGACCAAGAGGCAGCUGGCUCUGCAGCAGAAAGACCCCUCCAGCGCAGAGACCCCCAAAGGUCAUCAGGUGAUCGAGGAGCAGCGGCGCAGGCUGGCCGAGCUGAAGCAGAAGGCUGCGGUGGAGGCGCAGUGCCAGUGGGAGGCGCUGCACAGCUCUCAGACGCACCUCUCCGGGCCGGUGCACCACUCCAUCCUUCACCACCGGCCCCCGCAGAGCGGCGAGCCAGCCUACGACACGCUGAGCCUGGAGAGCUCUGACAGCGUGGACACCAGCGUCUCAACGGAGAACAACUCGGCCUGCUCGCCAGACAACAUGUCCAGUGCCAGCGGCCUCGACUCAUCCAAGAUCGAGGAGAUGGAGAAGAUGCUGAAAGAGGCUCAGCUGGAGAAGGCCAGGCUCAUCGAGACACGGGAACGAGAGUCUCAGGCCCGCAAACAGAUGCUGGACGAGGAACGGCGGAGACGGGAGGAACUGGAGAAGAGACUGCAGGAUGAGACGGUGCACCGACAACAACUAGUGGACAGGGAGGUGAAGAUGAGAGAGAAGAAUUUCUCACAGGCUCGUCCGCUGACCCGCUACCUCCCAAUCCGCAAGGAGCAGUUCGACCUGCGCUCGCACAUCGAGUCCUCCGGGCACAACGUGGAGACCUGCUACCACGUCAUCCUCACCGAGAAGAUGUGCAAGGGCUACCUGGUCAAGAUGGGCGGCAAGAUCAAGUCCUGGAAGAAGCGCUGGUUCGUCUUCGACCGGCUCAAACGAACCUUCUCCUACUACGUAGAAAAGCACGAGACCAAGCUGAAGGGAGUCAUUUACUUCCAAGCCAUUGAAGAGGUUUACUACGAUCACCUCCGCAGCGCGUCCAAGAAAGGAUUUUUCAAUCUCAACUUGGCGAAUCAGAUCACAGAGCUGCUCCCAGCUCAGUUUCGGAGAGAGAGCCCAAACCCCUCCCUGACGUUCUGCGUCAAGACUCACGACCGGCUCUAUUACAUGGUGGCCCCCUCUCCAGAGGCCAUGCGGAUCUGGAUGGACGUCAUAGUAACGGGUGCCGAGGGUUACACGCAGUUCCUGAACUGAGGAGGAGCCGCGAGCUGGGAGGGUCACUGGAACUGGAAUCCACUGCUGAGUCUCGGGUAGCUUGAGCAGAAAUGGACUGCUACAGAUUCUACAGUUUUGUUUUGUUUCUUUUUUAUAUAUACAGCAGGAACCUUUUAAAUUGUGUAUAAUAAUAACAACAACAAAAAAUGACUUUGUUUGCUUUUUUGCCUGGAUUUUAAAGGGAGGACCCAUGACUGAAUGUCUCGGAAUGCAGCUAUAGCAAAUCUAGGCCCAGGGUUUCAAAGCCUGAAGAAAGGACUAGGCUGCUGAUGUUGGUUGUCAAGGGAGAUUUUUUUAAAUUUCAUUUGUAUUCUUUUGGAUGGUUUAACAAUCUCCCUUAACAGGAAUUCACACAGGGAGUGACGCUACAUUCUUUUGAGAAGUUUGCUGUUAAGUUAUUUUUUGUUUCAAGUUCCUCGUGGAUACAAUAUGUAUAGCCAAGUUAUUUUUCAAGUAUAUAGAUGAUGUUGAACUGGAGUAUUAUACAAGCAACUGAAACAGACAGACAGGGAAAGAGGUGCCAAACCUGGAGUGCAGAGACAAGUUUUUCCACGGUACCUAACUUUUUUU